AACCAUUAAAGGAAUUGGCUCUGUGUAUGGUCCAUCUUUCGCUCUCUCUCUCUCCUUUCAGGGUUUAACAAAACGUUGCUACAAAGUCGUAUCCUGGAGAUACUGACCGACUCCCUCCAACUUCAAAGCGCUGUGACUAGACCACAGGACAUUUACACCGCAGCCUGUCUGCGUUGGAUGAUCUGUCCCGGCCUCCUUGUGCUGCUCCUCUCUUUUGUUGGUGUUACCAGACUGCACCUUCAUCAAAGGACGGCAAUGGAGCCUUUAUAAUAAUCAUCCUAACCCAGUAGCUCCAUUGUGUUGACUUCCCACGUUUGAGGGUUGAAGUUUUUCUUUAUUCGCCUCCAGGCGAUGAAACCUCGCGGAGGCACACAAUAUGUGGUAGGUUUUCUUUUAUUCACACUCAAAGUGGCUCUUCUUUCACUGCUGCCGGGCAUGUUGUUCCUAUUUUGCCGGUCUGAUCAGUUUUUUGGUUAACCAUUCCCCAAUGCAACAAUGGGUAGAUGGGACAGAGUCUCUGAACCCUGUGCUCUGUCUGUUAAUGGAUGAGUGAGAAACAGGCAGAAGGUACCUCGUGCAGUUUAAGAAGUUACCUUUUUUUUACUGUAAUUCCCAAUACAACGACAUCUCUAUUUCAAUUAUUAAGGACUGUUAUGGACUACUGAUUCAAUUACAAUUAUCCUCCGCCAAAUGGCAAAGCAAUUUGCAAAAAUUGUAUUUAGGAUUUGCACUUUGGAACAAAAACAUAAACAGAAGUGAUACAGGCGCAAAUACCUCACAACGCUUUAGUAGGCUUACAUAUUAUCACACAAAUGUGAAAGAAGUCCAACUGCCACAAAGCUUUUGCUGUAUAAGGUGGAUGCUUUGGACCCCCAUCCUGAUCUGGGGGCCCGGGAAAAUAGUCCCCCAUAACUUGUUGGUAAUCCUGUAGGAUUUAUUAUUUUUCAUAACACUGUAACCCAAAGUUUUACUCAUAAAUAUAUAACAAUGAAGCUAAAAAUUAGUAAGAAAUGAUGAAUGAUCCAUUGGUAAAGCAUUUACCAACUUUUCAGGGUGCUCCAUUAGAGAGUAGUAUCUUUUCAAUUAUACUUUCUCUGAGUAAAGCUCUCUCUCUAAGCAUUCAUUUCAUUUGACAGAAUACAUCCAUAAUGCUUUUUACAUCAUAUGGUUGUGUGGUACAUUUUAAGGACGGAAACCGCCCGCAUGCAGAGGAAUAUUCCAAUGAGUUAUGAGUGACGCUUUGAGCAUGCGCAGGUCGGUUUAUGAAGCAUUCUGAACGAGAAGGCUACUCGGGAUCACCCCGGUUGUCAGUAGCUGGAGUGGACCCAUAACAGAUGUGCAGAGUCCACAGAUGUGCAGAGUUGAGCUGCUUUAGGACACGGUCGGCGUGGAGCUCCGGACGAGGCGGGGCGACGUUCCGCGCACAUCGCGGCUCGCCGUGCGCCUCCAACAUGCCUCAAGCAUGACAACCAACUGGUUGGGCUGGGUGACAGCGGGGGACGACACAGACGAGCGAAAAGUUCCCAAACCUGGAGCAGAAGCGAGUCGCAGUUGUGACGGAAAACAUGGCGAAGUGGAGCAGACGACGGGCUUAAAGUUUAACGGAGAAGAAGCUUGACGAGGGAGACUACAGGAUGGCACGUCGCUCACAGUGUUCCUCUGAUGGGGAUAACCCCCUGGACCCCAACUACCUCCCCCCUCACUAUCGGGAAGAAUACCGCUUGGCUAUUGACCAUCUGAUUGAGGAGGACUUGGAGGGAUACUAUCAGUUCCUCCAAAAAGCAGAUGUGGUGGACUUCCUGUCCCUACCUGAAAUUCAGUACAUUCAGAGCUCGGUGCCGGUCCCUCAGCAGAGACACAACCCAGAACAACAGUUUCUGGAGCUCGGAGGAGAUAACUCCUCAGACACUUACUGGCCGAUGCACUCUGACCUGGACGCCCCGGGUUUGGACCUCGGCUGGCCUCAGGUGCACCACUUCAUCGGGCCGACAGAGAUCACAACUCUAGUCAACCCCCCUGAGCCUGAAAUGCCGAGUAUCAAGGAGCAGGCCCGCCGACUUAUCAAGAAUGCCCAGCAGGUGAUUGCUAUAGUGAUGGACAUGUUUACUGAUGUCGACGUGUUUGCUGAUAUUCUCGACGCUGCCAUGAGGAAUGUUGCCGUCUACCUUAUCUUAGACGAGCAGAAUGCACAUCACUUUGUCAACAUGGUGUCCAACUGCAGAGUCAAUCUACAGAACAUUCAACUUUUACGGGUGAGAACCGUGUCUGGCAUCACAUAUCACUGCCGCUCAGGGAAAUCCUUUAAGGGGCAGAUGAUGGAUCGCUUCCUGUUGACAGACUGCAGGGCUGUGUUAAGUGGGAACUACAGCUUCACAUGGUCUUUUGAGAAGCUUCACCGCUGUAUGGCACACCUUUUCCUUGGACAGCUUGUAUCUACCUUUGAUGAAGAGUUUCGGAUUCUGUUUGCUCAGUCCCACCCGCUGAUGAUCGAAAAUUUCACCCCAAUGGAAGAGUUCAGCCUUUCAAAAAAGAGGCAAUAUCCGAGUGAUAGAAUACUGUAUAGAGAGGCAAAGAACUUUCAGUCACUGGACAGCGCGCAUCCAGAGGAAUGGCCGAGACAUUCCUAUGAUGAACGCAUGGACGUAGAUUGGAGAAUGAUGCCUCUUAAAAAGCAGGAGUCCCUGCACGGCCCUGCAGAUGUGUACAGUAGACUCCAGAAAUCUCGCAUGGAUCAGUCUUUUGACCAUGGCCCGACCAAAACCCCCACGAUAGAAAACCUUGCCGUCAAACGUCACAGUUAUACUGAAGAUGCUCAUGGUAGAUUCCCUUAUCCAUUUUUGCAGCAGGGAAUGCCAGGGCCUGAGAACAAGGAGAGGCAGUCCCAGUGGGGGCAGCAGCCUGGACCAGGUCCAGGAAAAGAAGCCGACUACAGUGGCUAUGACAAGUUCUGGAACCAAGACUUUUAUUCAGCAGAUCAGUACAUUGAACCUGGUUUACCUCAAGAAAUGGAACCACAUGAUAACUUUAACCUUGUGCGUAGCUAUUUAUCAUCUACCAGAAAUGCAGAGUAUGACCAGGGCUCAGAGAAAUUCCCACCUCCAGCAGAUUUACCGUUUGGGUCACCUCACCCUCGAAGAUCAAAUUUAGGUCAGUCGCAUUCUGGUCAAACAUCUCUCACCCCCUCAAGUCUGACUGACGAGAAGCAGUUUUUCCAGCAGCCUAAUGAUGACCGCAAGGAUCCUAUGGUGAAACGGGGGCUAAGAAACUGGAGAAUUAGCUCAUACCUCAGUGCAUGUGAUAAUCAAGAUGAAGGUCUGCCAUCGACAUCACCUGAUGCAUCAGAUACUUUUGAAGAGCCCUCUAAACCCGUCCUGCAAACACCGGGCAUGCAAUUAUCAGUCCCUAAAAUUGCAAAUCUCAGAGAGUUUAUGGUUCCUGCAAUACCCAGGGCAAGUCAAAUGCCAGGUUAUGCCAAAAUCAAUGUGCGAGAACAGAAAAUGCCUGAUCAACCCACUGCAGUAGCAACAGAAACAAAAACAUCGCCGACACCUUCAGAGUCAUCAUCCACAACCGAAAUGGAAAAAAUAGAGGAGGCACAGCCAAAAGAACCCCAAACUGCUGUUCUUCGAAGGGGAGAGUCGUUCCGUAGGAAAUACAAUGCUGCUCUACCGAGGAGCUCUAGGUUAAGAUCUUCUUUGAUAUUCAGCUCAAUGGAGCAGCAGACUACUUCUCAAGAUACCAAAACUGCCCUAGACCAACAGGAUGAGGAAAGUGACAAAAAUGAGGCAGAACAGACCAAAUUAACUCGUGUUUCUCAAGUUUUAGGACAAAGGAGGUCUGUUGCAAGAGAACCUUUUCAAUGGAGCCGGGACAUGAAGUCAGCUGCUUUCGAGAACUCUGCCUCAGCCCUAUCCAAACCAGAGGAGGAAAAGAGCAAAGAUGAUAAUAAAGAUUCAUCAAAGGAUAAAAAGUCAGAGGAUCUUUCAGAGGUACAAGAAUCACUCAAACCACCAGCUGAAGAGCAAGUUCAGUCAGAAAAGAAAGUCAAACUGUUGCUUCCAACUCCACUUAAUGUUGAUAUGAGUGAUCCUGACAACAGGCUCCUAUUUUUCAAGGAGUUGGCAGCCAAACGCAAAGCCGCUAAGGCUGUAGAAGCUGAAAAAAGCAAAGUGAAGGCUCCAAUGAAACCACCAACUGAACUAAAAAACAAUGCUGCGCUUAAAAAGGAGGAGCCUGUACCAAAAGACACCUCUGAAAAGAUGGCUAACCCUGACCCAGCAGCUGAGGGAGUAUUGAAAACGGCCUCCACAGAGGCACACAAGCCACUCAGUCCAUCUUUAGAUACUGAAGAUGAGGCUAACAAGCAGAAGCGUCUGGUCACAGCUGACCCAAAUAUCCCUCACAGCUGUCAACAAGAACAAACCAGAGUUUCACCUCAUUCAGAGACGACAGAGCUGAAGAACAGCCAAUCAGCAGCGACUAUGCCUGUUUCUGCAGAAACAGAAGCGACUCAGAGCAAACCACCGCAGGAGCUAAAGCUGUCAAAUCCUGCUGUCAAACAGAGUAGCCCCAUUCCUCCUUCUACACCACCACACAUGCACAACUCUCCACCAAACUCUACUCCUGCUAGUGUUCCUUCGCUUGCACAAGUUAAUGAUGAAAGUGAAAGCCAAAGCUGCAGCUCCACCGCAAAUAAGUCUGGUUUACUCUCUCCCAGUUUAGUGAAGGACCCGCCUUCCUCUGCAUUUUGUUUUAACACCCCAAAUUCAGAGUCAGUUCAGUUAGAAACCAGUAUCUCCUCCUCUCCUCCUCUGCCACCUGAAGAAGACACGAGGUCAGAACUCAGCACUUCUGACCCAUCAGGCCAAAGUCCUUUUGCUAGUAACACUGUGCUAGAUUCUGGUUCACGGAUGAAUGCAAGUCCUUCCCCCUCUAGCUGUGCACUUCUUUCUUUCCCAGCAGAACUUAAAUCCUCUAAUGUUACCCCAGAAGAUUUAAGCUCAACACUAACUUCCAGUACGUUGUCCUUAAAUGCAGAGGCAUCUAUCAGCCUCUCACCUCCGGAACCCUCCCAAUUGACAUCAUCUGAGACCCUUUCAGCAGCUGAGUCUGCACACGUGGGAUCUGAUCUUUCUCCUGACAAAUGUGCUGCUGGUCGAGAUCUAAUCACAUCCUCAUCAGAGUCCAGUGAAAAGACAGACUCUGAACAAUCAUGUGGUCCUACACCUUCAAAACCUGUUCCUGAAUCAGACAACAGAUCAACUCCAAAGGGCAUUGGAGGGGAAUCUCUGGAUAUUGGAUCAUCAAUGAACGUAACAUCUGGAAGCCCACCUCCUAACCUUAGCCCCUACUUUGCCGAAUCAUGUUUACAUACUGUAUCUGAGCUGGAAACCAAAUCAAUAUCUGCUCAAAAUGAGACUAUUACUUCGACCCUCUCCCCAGGAGACGCUUCAUCCGAGCAUAGUGCAGCAAAAAGCAGCUCUCCCUUCCUCCCAGACUAUCCACCUAAUGCUGCUCAGUCAGAAAGACAAGUGACCCCUCCCUCCUGCCUUAACCUGACAACAUCUGUCUCUCCCACUCCAAUGAAACCAGUAUCAUGUUCUUCUCCUUUAACAGAGUUUUUGGGAUCCGUUUGGUCCCCUGAGGCUGAAAAAACAUUGACUACAUUGCACAGCCACUCAGAUAGUGGAGGUUUUUCCAAGCAGAUUGCAACAGACUCAACUGAAACACCAAUGCUUCCAUCAACAGAAACAUCUUGCUCAACUGCGCCAACCCUAAAAGUCCCAACAGAGCCCUCUGAACCAAGCAAAACACCUGAAUCUGUGGCUUUUGAAGCCCACCCUCCAGAAUCACCUGUAUCUGCUGAGCGUAGUCACAUCAACAGGCCUGACCCUUAUGGGAUAAAAACUGAUGAUACAGAGUCCACCAUUACAGUAAAUAAAACUACUAUAGAUGAGUCAGCAUGCAAUGAGAAAACAAAUCAACAAGUCGUAAAAAAUAACUGCUCCGAACCGCCAGAGAUCCCAUCAGACGAAGUUGUUCCUGCAUCACCACAGUCCAAGAUGCCCAAAUCAAGUCUUUCCCGCUACCAAUCAUCCACAGCCAACCUGCUCUCCAGCAGCAACCUCAGAGACGAUACAAAGCUGCUCUUGGAGCAAAUUUCUGCUAAUAGCCAGAGCAGGAUAGAAUCUGCUAAAGAGUCUCCUGUCACCGAUGACGAGAAAGAAGACGAAGCUGACAAAAAUGCCAAAAGAGAGAAAGAAAGAGGGAUCAGAUCACUUAGCAGAGGGCAGCCCAAGACGACUGAGCAGCGGGAAAAGGCGCUGGAGAAAAUCCAGACCAUGAGGAAGGAGAGGAAAGUUUACAGCCGAUUUGAGAUGGCACCUUAAACGGGAUCAGUGUCAGCACAGUGUUUGCAGACAGAAACAAACGCUAUUUUCUCACCAAAGACCUUUAAUAGAAAUGGGAUUUCUGUGCUUGUAGACCUAAAAAAGACGAAGAAGAAGCAGGGGACCUGUAUCACCAGCACGGAACUCUAAAGAGUAAAACUACCUGUAAUACAUCAUUACAUGUGUCAUGGCAAACAAGAUGUGAGAGGUAUCAAAUAUGGUAUUACUGACUGGUUGGGUUGAGUGCAAUUUUUGCGACAGAUCUUCGAUGAGGUCUGACCUUGCCUUUUUACAGCCACGACAGCCAUUACAUUAAUUGGAACUCUUUUUAAGACAUAAUGUGUUAUGUACAAGUAUAAAUAAAUAGAUUGUGUAAAGUA